AUGCGGUGGCCUUUCUUCCUUUUUCCCGCAUUUGGGAUCGGCUUCGCGAUCAACAACAGCUCUCUCAACAGCUCUCUCAACGUGCCCUUCUCAGUCCAGGUGACGAUUGAGGCAUACAGUAUCGAGUUUUCUUCAUCGCUGUCUUCCACUGCCAACACCUUAUCGGGCUCAGUAUCCUUACAAUCGACUCGAACAGGAACGUCAGUCGCUUCCACGGUGGUACCUUCAGAGACAGAGCCAUUCUGUAUUCCUAGCCAAAAUCCACAUGAGACCGGGGACGAGACGAAAUGUGUCUGCGGUUCUGGUAUCGACGCCGUGGUUCUGCCACUCCUACCCUCGUCCAGCAUGUGCUCCUAUACAGCUUUGCCCACAAUGACGCUGCCGCCGCCGCCGUCGACGAAACCACCACCGCCAUACAUAAGGACGGACCCUAUUUCAGGGCUGAUAUGGUCCUGCGAGAGCUUAUCAACAAAACCGAUGGCUGGAGUGAUUGUUACAUACUGUGCCGGGGCCAGCGCCGUUAUCGGAACUGACAUGGCGAUUGCCACCCAUGUUCCCUACCAAACGGGGACCUGCAACGUGCAUGUCCACGAGUGGGCACUAGGAGACAGCUAUCCUGUCCAUGUUCAGCUCAAUGUCUCGGAUGGGGGAGGUCAUCUUUUGAACUACACCGAUGCUACUACCACAUGGAGUGGGAGUGUGAUCAUUGAGCAGAAGUACCUGGGAGGACUGCCCUACGAUAUUGAAGUAAGAUUUCCGAGCAAACUGGAUUUAAGUCAUCCCAUCUACGGCCCCCCUGCAAUAUACGCCGGGUACGAGGAGUUUAUGGUGAAUAUCUCUGCUGGGCCGACCCAGUGGAGCAGUGCCGAUACAGAUACGAGCCAUCUUCCUUACUGCAACGUCGGUGGCUGGAACAACGGAGGGAGUUUUGCUGACUUCGUCGAGUCUUUGUUUGGCGUGGAUCACGUUCCAAGACCUCUCAGUCUUGCUUCAAUACAAGUUGUUGCACACUCACUGUUGAGACAGAGCGCCAAGCUGCAUUUCACUGCCUGUAUCACUGACACUUUGUCAAAGAACUUCCAAACACAGGGAUAUCAGUUGAAGGGGGAGACACUGAAAAGUCACCCAUCUGACAGGCUUCUUCACUCCACUGCCUGUUCCAAUGGAUCACUUGCCAGCAGAAAUCUGGCACAUGCUUUGUGGCCUGUGCCAUUUCUUUAUCAGACUCUUUCUGUCAAAGUUUCCAGCCGAGAGGGGCUCCAUCAGUUUGUCGCAGAGCUGCUGGACAACCCUCGCCGGCAGCAAUACCUCAGUCAUGCGCGGAAACUGAAUGUCCAAGGGAAGAUGCCUCGUUUAGAAGAAAGUGUGGCUGGUUACUCUACGGAGGGGACUGACAUCAAGGGCCGAGGUGAUGUUUUUCACCAAGACGAUGACUUGGAACCCCGUUUUGACGAGUACGCGUUCACGUAUGACGAAGAGGAUGACGAGCCCUCGGAAGCGUCACGCUCAUGGAAACCGCUUGCCUUGCUGAUCGCCCGGCUGAAGCGUCUGACCGAGCUGAACUAUGCCUGCGUCAACCAAUUUCCUCCCUGUCUGCUCCAGGCGCUCCACGAGCAUCAUCCAGCAUGCAGACUCAAUCUACACAACUUUCGCUUCCGCAGCCUGAGAGAGCCGAAUACAGACCCGUAUGAGAUGGAGCUGAUCCGCUCGCCCUGCCUUCACUCUGUGUGCGUCAAACACGUCACGCGCGAUUCGAAUGGCCAUGAGGAUUACAACGAGGACGCAAUCUUCCAGGCCGUUGCCAUCGCACCAAACCUCAAACACGUCAAAUUGCUCCGCUGUAUUCCUCACCGCACCUCCGCGCUACGUGAAGUCGCCCACAUACCCAGACGGCCGUGGAAGGGCUUCGUUCCUCCAGUGAAUACGGACCGGGUCGGAAAUCUGACGUCGCUCUCGUUUUCUCAUCUCAUGGUCACCACCGAGGAGAAACUGGAACAGUGGAGUCGGUACACGGAUCUCUCAAAACUGCAGGCCCUCGCCUUCGGCAGUCCUUGGACGUCGGAUGUUUUGAUGAAAGCCGCGACAAUGGCUCCGUUCAAGUCCCUGGAGCGGCUGUCUAUCUGGCUGGAGCCUACGAGCCAGGACGCCAACUUCCAACUUGCAACGGAGAUGUUUUUUGAGAGUCUUAAUCCAUUAAAGACUCUGCGACUGCACGGAAAAAUGGACGCGUCUUUGGUGAGCAAAAUCCUUGAGAGGCACGGGUCUGCCUUGCGGGAGUUGAUGCUCGAUCCGUAUGGGAUCAAGUUUAUGGAUCUCGACAUUUCCAGUUUUGGGGAAUCCUGUCCGCUGGUGGAGGAGCUGCACUUGCCCGUCAAACGAACCAAGAGCGACCGUCGUGAGACGCGUUGUUACGAAGCGAUUGGCAAGUUCCCAUCGCUGGAGAAGCUGUUCCUCCGUCUUGAAUGCUCCGACAUGUGGCGGCAAGACUUGCCCAGCGCCGACGAAUAUGAGGAGGAACUGGACGACUUCCACAGGCAGCCCACCAUUCCCAGAAAUUCGAGAGUGUUCGGGAUGAAUAAUGAAGAACCUCUGCUCAAUUUCCACGUCCGCGACGCCCUGAUCAACUCGGCUGUGGACGAGCAGCUGGCGCGGUCAAUCUGGGAUCGGAUUGCGGCCAAUCAGCCGAGCGGCCGUCUCUCGUCUGCGACAAUUGCCCCGAGGGGAGGCGACUUUUUCGGCAACGCUACUGCUCCGUUCGAGCUGGUGAUCCGUGUGGAACACAUGGAACGAUCGUAUCUGAUCACCAAGAGGGCGAGCAGCAGCAGCAGCAGCCAAGUCGAAGUUGUGGAAAUGGGCAGAGAAGAAAGAGAAAGUCGCGACAGGACUCAACGACAGACCGUCAAGACGCUGGAGGGUUGGGGUUGUCAGCUGUAUGAAGACGACGUCCACCUAGUUUUUCAGAGAAUCUGGCCUCCGAAACCCGGCAGUCGAGACUGGCGGGAUGACUGGAGCAGCUGGUCAUUGCAGCCGUCUGCUGAGUAG